AUGAUUGGUUUAGCCCUAAUUGCUACUGGAACUGGUGGUAUAAAACCGUGCGUGGCAGCUUUUGGCGGUGAUCAGUUUCGACUACCCGAAGACAACCAGCGUCUGCAAAGGUUCUUCUCGACGUUCUACUGCACCGUCAACCUUGGGGGCUUUAUGGGCAUGGUGGUAACCCCGGCACUUCGACGUAGCGUAAUGUGUUUUGGUGAUGACACAUGUUACGCCCUCGGUUUCGGCUUUCCGGCGCUGCUCGUUCUCAUCUCCAUAGGCACCAAAUUUCUUGAGCCCUUUGCCCGGAGGCUGUCGGAGCCACUGUCAAUAAAAGGCGGCAAGCAUCCUGGCCCUGGUCUG